AUGCAGCGGGCCCUCCGGGCGGCCCUCGUGCUCUCGGCCGCCGCGCGGGGAGCUGCCAAGGACGACGAGAAGAAGAUCGACGGCCCUGUCAUCGGGAUCGACCUGGGGACCACCUACUCGUGCGUGGGCAUCUACAAGAACGGCCGCGUCGAGAUCAUCCCCAACGACCAGGGCAACCGCAUCACCCCAUCCUACGUCGCCUUCACGGAUGACGAGCGCUUGAUCGGCGAGGCCGCCAAGAAUCAGGCGACCAUCAACCCAUCGCAGACGCUGUUCGACGUGAAGCGCCUGAUCGGCCGCCGCUUCAAGGACUCUACGGUGCAGAAGGACAUGAAGCUACUGCCGUUCAAGAUCGUCGACAAGGGUGGCAAGCCGUUCAUCAACGUCAAGGUGAAGGGAGAGGCCAAGGACCUCCAGCCAGAGGAGGUCUCUGCCAUGAUCCUGACGAAGAUGAAGGAGACUGCCGAGAAUUACUUGGGCAAGGAGGUCAAUCACGCAGUGGUCACCGUGCCCGCGUACUUCAACGAUGCGCAGAGGCAGUCCACGAAGGAUGCGGGGACAAUCUCUGGGAUGAACAUCCUCCGGAUCAUCAACGAGCCCACAGCCGCCGCUAUCGCAUACGGUCUGGACAAGAAGACCGAGAAGAACAUCCUGGUGUACGAUCUUGGCGGCGGCACCUUCGAUGUCAGCCUGCUCACUAUCGACAACGGCGUGUUCGAGGUGGUCGCCACCAGCGGCGACACGCACUUGGGUGGCGAGGACUUCGACCAGCGCGUCAUGGCGCAUUUCGUCAAGAUCUUCCAGAAGAAGCACGGCAAGGACAUGUCCAAGAAUCAGAAGUCGAUUCAGAAGCUCCGCCGCGAGGUCGAGAAGACAAAGCGCGCCCUGAGCUCCACGCAGCAGGCUCGCAUAGAGAUCGAGGGGCUCUUCGAAGGAAUCGACUUUUCUGAGACGCUCUCGCGCGCCCGCUUCGAGGAGAUCAAUGCCGACCUGUUCAAGAACACCAUCGGUCCCGUCAAGCAGGUCCUCGACGACUCCGGCCUCAAGAAGAACCAGAUCGACGAGAUCGUGCUCGUCGGUGGCUCCACGCGCAUCCCCAAGGUCCAGCAGCUGAUCAAGGAGUUCUUCAACGGCAAGGAGCCGAACCGCGGCAUCAACCCGGACGAGGCCGUGGCCUACGGCGCCGCCGUGCAGGCCGGCAUCCUGAGCGGGGAGGGCGGCCAGGACCUCCUGCUGCUUGACGUCACUCCUCUCACGCUCGGCAUCGAGACCGUUGGGGGCGUGAUGACCAAGCUGAUCGGCCGGAACACCGUGAUCCCCACCAAGAAGUCGCAGAUCUUCAGCACCUACCAGGACAACCAGCCGGCCGUGAACAUCCAGGUCUUCGAGGGCGAGCGGCCCAUGACGAAGGACAACCACCAGCUGGGCAAGUUCGAGCUCGGCGGGAUCCCGCCCGCGCCGCGCGGUCAGCCGCAGAUCGAGGUGACCUUCGAGAUCGACUCCAACGGCAUCCUGGCUGUUGGAGCUCAGGACAAGGGCACCGGCAAAGAGGAGAAGAUCACCAUCACCAACGACAAGGGCCGGCUCACGGAGGAGCAGAUCGAGAAGAUGAUCAAGGAGGCAGAGCAGUUUGCUGACGAGGAUAAGAAGGUCAAGGAGCGCGUGGACGCCAAGAACGCGUUCGACGGCUACAUCCACUCGAUGAGAUCCGCAACCGAGGGCUCCGGCGAAAACAAGGGCCUCAGCGAGAAGAUGGACUCCGAGGAGAAGGAGAAGAUCCUCGAUGCCCUCAAGGACGGGCAGUCAUGGCUGGACUCCAACCCCGAGGCAGAGCCCGAGGACAUCAAGGAGAAGCACAAGGAGGUGGAGGGCAUCUGCGCCCCGAUCGUCUCCAAGUACUACGGCGCAGGGGGCGGCGGCGGCGGCGGCGACGAGGAGGACGAGGACGAGGCGCACGACGAGCUGUGA